AUGGCACGAACCAGAGCCUGCAAAGCGCGUUCUAGACCUCCCUCUCGCAGCCGCAUCACCAAAGUGACCUCGGGACGUGGGUCUACAGUGGAGUCACUCCGUGCAUCGACAGUAUCCGUUGAAGAUUACAAGGAUAAGAGAGGUUACUUGCGCGACAUCGACAGAGAAGAAAGCACCGUAAAGAUCAAGCAAGAAGACGAAGAUACAACAGAGACAAACGACAGAAAGAUAUCUCCGAAGAGACGGGCUCGAGAAGCCACACCAAAGACUUCUGUGGCGAAGAAACAAAAGUCCUCCCCACCUGCUUCCGUCACUCGUCUUACGCGCUCCAAGACUUUGCCUUACAGGAGAGAAGCGAGUAGUACCCGGUCUGAUAGUGAGUCAGAGAGUGAUAUCGAGACCGACGCACGCACCAAGAUGCGCUCCAUCAACUCAUCUCUUCGCCUAUUACGCCCAUAUAUGGCCUUCCAACUAUCCAUCUCUGGACUUUCGGGCAAAGCAUACAACGCCGCACAAGCAUCGAUGAAGUCCGUCCUUGACGUCGCAGAGAACUUUGAGAAGCAGUGUGGUGGAGCUCUUGCAAGGGCACACGACAGCCUCAGCAGUAGCAGCAGUGUGGAUUCUGAGGAGCGAGAGUCACCGAACAGACAAAAGCGUGGAGAAGAAAGACAAACAUACAAAGUCGCGAAGCUUGGAGCAAAGAGAGACGAGGACGUGUUACCGAGGAAACAGCAGGAACUGAAUGAACAGACGAGGAAGAGACUCGCGCAAGAGCGAAAGGGAAGAGGAAGGGCAAGACGAGAUCCGAGCGAAGACGAAGACUCAUCCGUCCAUUCCUCUUCGCGUUCAUCUUCCACCACGACCUCCGAAACCGCAACAGAAAUAGCCAGUGACACCGAGGACGAAGCCAAAUACCCGCCAAUCAAGCUGCUCUCCGUAUCGAGCACAACCUCAGUCUACGACUCGCUCCGCGCAUCGACAACGGAAUCUGGGGAAACUAGCUCGGAAGGCGAAGAAAGCGAUGUGAUUGAACGCCGUGAGAAGAACGCAUUGCGGCGGCAGAAAGCGAGACAGAAGAAGCGGAAUGCGUGGAAGAGGGAAGAAGUCGAGUCGGCGAGCGAGGCAGAAACUGAAAUGAAGCUGGUUGAGGAGAUGGAAGAGGAGAGCACACCUGUAACGACGGAAAGUGAUUGUAGAACGGAAGUCAUGGUAGAUUUCUGUCCGAUAGCAUGGUAA